AUGGAGCCGGAGAAUUCCACCACCACCGUGAAAAAUUUUUUCUUUGUUGGUUUUACUGAAAGUGCCAUGUUACAGUAUGUACUUUUUGCAACUUUCCUCAUAAUCUACACAGUGACUUGGCUUGGAAAUGUCACCAUCAUCACCACAGUAAUCAUAGAUCAAGAGCUACACAAGCCUAUGUACUUUUUUCUAGGAAAUUUAGCCUUCAUAGACCUCAGUGAGUCCUCAGUGACUCUGCCCAAGACGCUAUGGGACUUCCUGUCUGAGUAUAAAUCCAUUAGUUUUGGAGGAUGCAUUGCACAGAUUUUCUUCUUCCAUUUCACAGGAGGUGCUGUGGCUUUCCUCCUCACAGUGAUGACUCUGGAUCGGUAUGUGGCUGUUCAUAAACCUUUGCGGUACUUAAACAUCAUGAAUCACAAUGUUUGCCUUGGCCUGGUCACAGGAGCAUGGAUAGGGGGAUUUGUUCAUUCUAUUGUGCAGGUAGCACUGAUUAUUCAGUUGCCAUUCUGUGGACCAAAUUUACUAGACAAUUUCUACUGUGAUUUCCCACAGGUAAUCAAACUAGCCUGUACAGAUAUCCAUGAGGUUGAGUUGCUCAUGGUGUCCAACAGCGGACUGCUUAUGAUCCUCAUAUUUGUAGUCCUGAUUGUGUCACAUGUUGUCAUCUUGGUCAAAAUCAGGGCACAUAUCACAGAAGGGAAGCACAAAGCCUUUUCCACUUGUGGAGCCCAGGUUGCAGUGGUGAGCAUCCAUUUUGUACCCUGCAUCUUCAACUAUGCGUGGCCAUUCAAAAAGUUUGUGGCAGACAAAGCCGUGUCGUCUCUUUAUACUAUUAUCACUCCAAUGCUGAAUCCCAUAAUCUACACAUUGAGGAACACAGAGAUGAAGAAUGCCGUCAAGAAAUUUCUCAACAACAUCUUUUUCAGAAUGAGAAAUUCACAACUGUCAUUCCUUUCUUAG